UGUAAUGGUAGACACCACCCUGGAGGAGAUGAUGAUGGGGAUGGCAUCCCAGCUGGCAGAGAAGGAGGACACCAUUUUGUGUUCGGAUGUGCGAGACAGGCUGUUCGGACCCAACGAGUUCUCCAGAAGAGAUCUGGGGGCUCUCAACAUCAUGAGGGGCCGGGAUAACGGGGUGCCUGACUACAAUACUGUAAGUGAACUAUCAUAAACAGGUGCCUGACUACAAUACUAUAAUAAACUAAAUAAACUAGACAUGAAAAGUCGAAAUCAACCCGACCUCAUGGAGAAAGACCCCGAACUUAUGGAGGCUCUGAAGGCAGCUUAUGGUGAAGACGUGGAUAACAUAGACUUGUACAUCGGAGGCAUGCUGGAAUCCAAGGAUGGACCCGGAGAACUGUUUUCAGUAAUCAUCAUGGAACAGUUCCGAGACUCAACGUCUGACCGGUUCUGGUUCGAGAAUGUCGAUAACGGCAUCUUCACAGCAGAAGAAAUAGCAGAGCUGCGCAAAGUGAAACUGUGGGACAUCAUAGUGAAUGCCACAGAUGUCCCCCCCGAAGCAAUACAGAAGAACGCUUUCUAUUGGGUGGCGGGGGACCCGUGUCCACAGCCUGGUCAGCUCAAUGCCAGCCAAUUGGAGCCUUGCUCUUAUCUCAAGGGAUAUGACUAUUUCGAAGGCAGUGAACUGGCCUACAUCUACGCAUGCGUGUUCCUGGGGUUUGUCCCCUUGAUCUGUGGUGGGGCGGGGUACGGGGUCAUCAAACUGCAGAAUAAGAGAAGGAGGCAACUACGGAUGAAGCAAGAGGAGAUGAGGACAGGUCAAAAGGGACCCAGUGCUACCGUUGAGAAGAUGAAUGUCAGAGAAUGGUUACAUGCCAACCAUAGGAGACUAGUGAAGGUUCGUUUUGGCCCAGAGGCCAAUCUCUAUACAGUGGACAGAAAAGGGGAGAGACUGAGAUCUGUCUCUUUCAAAAAUGGAGACACCAUCACUGUCGAAGAGUCACAGAUACCAGACAGAGGUGGCGCGAGGGGUAAGAGACCACUGGUUCUAGUUCGAGUACCACGUGACCACGAUUUGGUGCUAGAAUUUGAUUCGCUCUCCGCCAGAAGAAAAUUUGUAUCUAAACUGGACUCCUUCCUCACAUCUCACAAGAAACAUUUGGUUACUCUACAGGCGCCGCGAGAUCUAAUGCUAGCCAAAGCUGAAACUAGAGAGAGACGACAAAAGAGAUUGGAGCAUUUCUUCAGAGAGGCCUACGCUCUCACUUUUGGAUUGAAACCUGGAGAAAAGAGAAGGAGAGAGGAUGAAGGUGGAGAGGUGGUGAUGAGAACCUCUCUCUCUAGAGCCGAGUUUGCCAGUGCUCUAGGAAUGAAACCAGAUGCUGUGUUUGUUAGAAUGAUGUUCAAUAUUGUAGACAAGGAUGGAGAUGGCAGGAUAUCCUUCCAGGAAUUCCUGGAUACAGUUGUCCUGUUCUCUCGGGGCAAGACAGAGGACAAAUUGCGAAUUAUCUUUGACAUGUGUGAUAAUGAUAAGAACGGGGUCAUUGAUAAGGGAGAACUGUCAGAGAUGCUGCGCUCUCUGGUGGAGAUAGCCAGAACUACUAGCCUGUCUGACGCUCAUGUUACUGAGCUUAUCGAUGGAAUGUUCCAGAACGCUGGAUUGGAGAGAAAAGAUUUCUUGACGUACAGCGAUUUCAAACUGAUGAUGAAAGAAUACAAGGGUGACUUUGUCGCUAUUGGUCUGGAUUGUAAGGGUGCUAAGCAGAAUUUCUUGGAUACUUCCACCAAUGUUGCAAGAAUGACAAGUUUCCAUAUAGACGCUUUUCACGAUGAAGACAAGAGUUGGAUUUCUCGACAAAUUGACUGUUGGACAACAUUUUUGGAAGAGAAUCGGCAGAAUAUUUUCUACUUAUUUAUUUUCUACGUCAUCACUAUUGCCUUGUUUGUGGAAAGAUUCAUCCACUACUCGUUCCUAGCCGAACACACCGACCUACGUCACAUCAUGGGCGUGGGCAUAGCCAUCACUCGAGGCUCAGCCGCCUCCCUCAGCUUCUGCUACUGUCUCCUUCUGCUGACCAUGUCCAGGAAUCUGCUGACCAAACUGAAGGAGUUCUCCAUCCAGCAGUACAUGCCUCUGGACGCCCACAUCCAGUUCCACAAGAUCGCUGCGUGUACUGCCCUAUUCUUCUCACUGCUGCACUCUGUCGGCCAUAUUGUCAACUUCUAUCAUGUCUCUCAACAGCCUUUGGAACAUCUGCACUGUCUGACCAGUGAGGUCCACUUUCCAUCAGACUAUAAACCGGGCAUUACGUUCUGGCUGUUCCAGACUAUUACAGGCAUAACAGGAGUGAUGCUGUUCGUUAUCAUGGUGAUUAUCUUUGUGUUUGCACAUCCCAUGAUUCGCAAGAAAGCCUACAAAUUCUUCUGGUCCACGCAUAGUCUCUACAUCGCACUCUAUCUGCUCUGUCUUAUCCAUGGAUUAGCCAGGCUCACUGGACCACCGAGAUUCUGGAUGUUCUUUAUCGUGCCAGGGAUUAUCUACAUGUUGGAUAAGAUUGUAAGUCUACGCACUAAAUACAUGGCCUUGGACGUUUUGGAAACUGAGCUUCUACCUUCUGAUGUUAUAAGAAUCAAAUUCUACCGACCUCCCAAUCUCAAAUAUUUGUCUGGUCAAUGGGUGAGGUUAGCCUGUACAGCCUUCCACUCGGACGAGUUCCACUCAUUCACCCUGACCUCGGCUCCUCACGAGAACUUCCUCAGUUGUCAUAUCAAGGCUCAAGGACCCUGGACCUGGAAACUGAGGAACUACUUUGAUCCUUGCAACUAUAAUCCUGAGGAGUAUCAUCCCAAGAUUCGAUUGGAAGGCCCCUUCGGAGGAGGGAACCAGGACUGGUACAAAUUCGAGGUAGCGGUGAUGGUGGGAGGUGGAAUAGGUGUCACUCCUUAUGCCUCCAUUUUGAACGAUCUGGUGUUUGGAACUUCGACCAACAGAUAUUCUGGUGUGGCUUGUAAGAAGGUAUAUUUCCUAUGGAUCUGUCCCUCCCAUAAGCAUUUCGAAUGGUUCAUAGACGUUCUAAGAGACGUGGAAAGGAAAGAUGUCACCAAUGUUCUUGAAAUUCAUAUUUUCAUCACACAAUUCUUCCAUAAAUUCGAUCUACGUACUACAAUGCUGUAUAUUUGUGAGAAUCAUUUCCAACGCCUGUCAAAAACUAGCAUGUUCACUGGGCUGAAAGCAGUCAACCAUUUUGGAAGACCAGACAUGUCUUCCUUCUUGAAGUUUGUGCAGAAGAAGCACAGCUAUGUCAGUAAAAUCGGAGUGUUCAGUUGCGGUCCAAGACCUCUGACAAAAAGUAUCAUGUCAGCCUGUGAAGAAGUCAACAAAGGGCGAAAGUUACCAUAUUUCAUUCAUCAUUUCGAAAAUUUCGGAUAAACUUCCUCUGAGAUUCACGUAAAUCUGUCAGCAUGCCUUAUGGGAUAACAUCACUGCUUCCCAUUCAAAAUAUGCUGACAGAUAAAGUGGAUCUCACUGUACAAAAACCUAUAAAGAAACAAACUGUGUUUUUCAGUUAAUUUCUGAAUCUUGUAUUGUAUUGUUUCCUAAUUUGUUCAAUUAUUCUGGUUCCAUAAUAGGCUACUUUGAAAAUUUUUCCACUUGUAUUUUCACAGUAUUUAUUACUUGAACUUGUAACUAU